AUGGUCAUAAUCUGGCUGCUGCUGCUGAGCGCCGCGCGGGAGCCGCGGGCCCCGGCGCUGGCGGCGCGGGCGCGCAGGGACGCGGGCGGCCGCGGCGGCGUCUACGAGCACCUCGGCGGGGCGCCGCGGCGCAGGAAGCUCUACUGUGCCACCAAGUACCACCUGCAGGUCCACCCCGGCGGGAAGAUCAACGGCACCCUGGAGAAAAACAGCGCCUUCAGUAUUCUGGAAAUAACUGCUGUUGAUGUCGGAAUCGUUGCCAUCAAGGGCUUGUUCUCAGGCAGAUACCUGGCCAUGAACAAAAGGGGCAGACUGUAUGCAUCAGAAAAUUAUAACGCAGAGUGUGAGUUUGUGGAAAGGAUCCAUGAGUUGGGUUAUAACACUUAUGCGUCCCGUCUGUACCAGACUGUGCCCAAUGGAGCCAACACCAAACGCAAAGCCAGCGCAGAGAGACUCUGGUAUGUCUCAGUCAAUGGGAAAGGACGACCCAGGCGGGGUUUUAAAACUCGCAGGACACAGAAGUCGUCCCUCUUUCUGCCCAGAGUACUGGAUAACAAAGACCAUGAAAUGGUCCGACUUUUCCACACAAACACAAAAUAUCGAGAGAGUCUCCUGAAGCCUCCAAGCAAGAACCAGAGAAGAAGGAGAGGGCACUAGGGGCGAUGGGGGAGCUGGUAUGGAGACCAGAAGUGAGCAAGGGUCUUCAAAGUACUUCUAAAAAAGAGUAACAGCUGUGAUCGUGUGACAGGCAUAAACAUGGACAUUUUUUAUACACUGUAUAAUAUAAUUGGAAGUUGCAUCACUCACUUUUAGCUAUUUUAGAAUUAUUACUUGUGGUAAAGGAGAUGUGAGAUAAACUAAGGUGCAUUCAAAUGUAAAUUAGUUUGAUGUAAUAAUUUUGUCAAUGGCCUUUAAUGAUUUUCUUUUUUUAAAAAAACAAUUUUAAUUAUUA